AUGGAGACGUUUGUUACUGUGGUUGAGCCAUGUGGGUAAGUGACAGGAAAGUUGUACGUAGAGUACACGCGUAAAAACGCGCAUCUUGUAACAAACCUGCAGCAGACUUGUAGCAAUGCUGUUCCAACAACUUGUCAAUCGGAUGUGUUCGCACUGCUUGUUCCCAGCUUGUUGACAACUUGCUACACGGUUGUUGAGCUCAACACACUUGUUACAAGUUGUUCGAACAACUUGUUAAAUCGUCCGACAAAUCAACAAGUUGUGAGUAACAACCUUGUAGCAACUUGAUAAAAUAUCAACAUUGUUACUUCGAGAAUAUAAGCAGCCACAUAAUGACUUUGACUGUCGAAACGUUAGGUCGUCGAUGCAAUUUAUCCGGGGAUAACAUUCAUUUGCUUGAACCAGAAUUUUGCAACUAUUUUUUAGCCUAACAGCAAAGCAACGUCGUACAAGACUACGGAUUAAAGCACUCAGGAGGCUGUGGGAAUUUUGUCAAGGGAUUACGUCAUCCACGGUAGCAGACUGGAGACUGGUCAUUGGAAAACUGGGCACGUUUUCACGGCAUGAAUUACGAGGUACGGUUGACUAUAAUACUAUAUUUGUACAAGAUAGCUCCAUCAGUUUUCUCUAGUGGUCCAGUAAGAGGAAUCUUCUCUGAUUGCUUUGGUGUCGCUACAGGAGGAACCAUUAGAGACCUUAAGAUCUAGGAUGGAAAUGUGACGACACGUCUAGUAACUGGACACAAUGAAAUUAAUAAUAUUUAAGAAAAGAAAUGAAUAAUUAAAAUCCCACAGGAGAUUCAUACGGUCGUCCAUGCACGGUCUGUUUACAACCGCGGUGAAGCAGAACUCUUGCGUCCUGUGUACAACGUUUGCAUUUUAGUGCGUAAGAAGCGGAUACUCAGCAAAUUGGUUCAGUACUAAUGUGUAAUUCUACUCAAUUGAAAGCCUCUGUUUUGGUCUCUUCAACUGUACUUUGUCAAUAAUUUAAAUUUUUCUUCCUGGAGGUCUAGUUGGUUGAUUGAUUGAUACUAGAGUAUAUCUUAUUGGUCCAGCGUUACUACAAGAAGAAAUCUAAACUAACUUUAGGGCCUGCGUCACUACAAGAGAAAACCUAAACUAACUUUAACUGUUUAGAACUUGAUAGACCCAGAGCUCGAAAUAGGCUGGCCAUAUUUCAGAAAUAAAACGAAAUUCAACAAAAACUAAAUUUUUUUUUAGAUUGGGAUGAAAUCAUUCGCGGCCAUUCGUCAAGCGAGUGCACGGAUCGUUGUGAUGCGUGUUCUUCGUUACGUUCUCACGCGAGAUUUCAAAGCGUGUCCGUCGUUUCGUUGCAUAACGAACUGUGUAUCCGAGUUCACCUUGCCAAAGGUAAGUUUGUUAGAAAAUUGUGUAAACGAGUUUAAAAUGAAAAGAACCUACUUUAACGGUUUCAGCAGCAUAUCCUGUUGCCUGUUGUGUAUUUUUCGUCUCUUUUACAUUCUUUAUUUGAACACAAAACUUGGAAAAUCGUAGUUUCUAAUUAUGCGAGUUACGCCGCCAUUUUGUUUAUUUAUGUACGUAGUCGGGGCGGGCAACCAUUUUUCACUUGUUACCCGGCGAGAUACAUUGCAUUUAUCUGAAGUCACGUGAACACAAAUCAGCCAAUCACGUUUCGUGUUCACCCUGGCUAUGUAAAGGAGCGGUCAUUCAUGCUGGGGGGGGGAGGGGGGGGACCGAAGAGAAUUGUUUUUCUUGGUAAAAAUUUUGCUGAUCCAACCAUUAAAAAGUCGAAAAAUUUUUUACCCAACUUCAAAUAUCAAUUAAAAAAUAAAUAACCCAACCGUGGCGAAAAACUUUACAAAAGGAUACCAUUCAAUUGUCACACAUGUCCUUUACGGCUUCUCUGACGUGUGUUUGAUAACUGUUUGUGCAAUUUGACAAAGUUGCAUGUUGUCUGCACAUGUACUUUCUUUGGAGACACCAUUUGCCUCCCAACAAAUCAGAAAAUGAUCAAGAUAGUGACUCUGAUUAAUUGAUUUACAUAUUGUAUUGAAAUAUGACUGUUGACAUUGCUUUUUAGUCUUCAAUAUUUGAGUGAGUCAUGAGUCUUUUGGAAUGACAAUAAAUUUUUAUUACCCAACCCUUGUUUUGUUUUUCAUUUACCCAACCUUUUACUCACUCAAAAUUUUGUUUACCCAACCCCGGCCAUAAAUUAUGACCGGUCCCUAACUAAUGUAUUUUAUUUUCACUUGCAGUUACGACGGCGUUCAAUAACUACCGUGAACCGGACACGACUAUCGUAGAAUCUGUCACUCGACAACGAAUAUCGACUUCGUUCAUUGUCAUCAACAUUGAAAAUUCUCAGUCCACCAGACUCGCACAGCUUGACGGUAUACAUGAUAUGGAUGAACGCGUUGGAUUAGACAGCGAACUCAUGAUGUCCGAACCGAAUACGGAAGACGACGACGAGUUGCCGAUGAUGCCCUUAUUUG